AGUCAAAAGCAAAUAGCUUGGAACAGCAGUGAUGUUUGAGCUGCCCGCAGAAAGCAACGACAGUGUUGAACAACCACGAGUUUAGAGGAGGCGAACGGGUAUUGUUGGCAACCGAGUGCGUUCAUUGCCCAACGCUGUUGAUGAGAUAAUUACACUCAAGCACACACACACACACACACAUUUGAAGCGUGGAGCUGCUGCCGUCGAGAUAUUCACGCUGACUUGCAUCUUCAUAUGGCUUAGUGCGCAAGAUAAAGCUACAAAAACGACUCUGCUCGAAAUUUCUUGCGUGAAAUCAUGAGAGGUGCUGACGAGCCGUUAAAAAGAGAUAAAGUUUGUUACCAAAAUUUAUCUUUUACUGCAAAACUGUUGUUCUGGUGGACAAGGCCGAUUUUUCGUUCCUGCCGCCAAGAAAAUUUCGAUCUGCACAACUUUCAGGAUAUCUUCGAAAUCAGUGAAAAUGACAAAGCUUCCCUGUUGGCCGAACAGCUCGAGAAGGAGUGGCUCCGCAGGAAUAAUUUCCUCCUCGCUUUGCUCUCGACCUUCAGAUAUGAAAUAUUCAUGACAGGAUGCAUGACAUUCUUCAACGAAGUCAUCUUCAGAUGCAUGCAGCCAGUUUUGCUUGGCAAAUUGCUGCAAUUGUUCGGUUCAGAGGUGACAGUGAGACACAAUGAAGCAGCCACAAUAGUUGCCGCCUUGAUAUCGACACUGGUGCUAAAUAUUCUCUAUAUGAGUCACUACUCGUUCCUUUGCUACCACGCCGGUUUGCGAAUGAAGUCAGCCACCUCAGCAAUUCUCUACAAAAAACUCCUGAAAACAGAUAUCACGGAAAUGCAGCGGAGUAAAAGUGGCAAGAUGAUCAAUAUAUUUUCCAGCGACGUGGGCAAGUUUGACCAGAUGCUUUAUUACGCUCACUUGAUGUGGAGUUCGCUGACCCUGGGUGUCAUCACGAGCGUGCUCAUUGUGCGCGAGAUCGGCUUCGAUGGUCUGUUUGGCGUCGCGGUAGUGCUCGUUGUCUGCCCGAUUCAGUCUUGGACUGGGACGCUCACGACAAAAUUCAGGGAGAAGUCUGCAGGUUAUGGAGAUCAAAGGGUUAAACUCAUGAGUGAAAUCGUGGCUGGAAUUGAAACAAUCAAACUGCAAGUCUGGGAGAAACCCUUCCAGGCGAUGGCAACAAAGUUAAGAAACUCCGAGCUGGGGUGGAUUGUAAGAGCAUCGUAUGUGCGCGCUCUGUACAUGACGUUCAGCAUUUUCACAACGCGGAUGGCACUAUUCGCAACUGUGCUUGUGUAUAUUGUUAAUGGGAACAGACUCAGCGCUGACAAAGUGUUUGUGAUCUCAACUCUGUACUCGAUUAUGUCAAACACGCUCGCCGGCGUUUUCAUUCGCGGAGUUGCAGAGCUGUCGGAAAUUAAAGUCUCUGUUGGCAGAAUAGAGGAGUUUUUAUCAGCGUCACAAAGUGUGUCAAAGGAAGCGGAGAGUAAAAAUGAUCGCGGAGAGGAAAACGCAAAACUCCUUUCAAAGGAAGAAAAAGACCUGAUCUAUAUAGACCAAGGCCGUCCACCUGGAGCUGUUUUUAUAGACAAUCUGACAGCCCGCUGGAGCGAAAAAGGCGAAUUCACGCUGAAAAAUAUCAAUUUGGAAGUGGAGCCAGGGUCCCUAGUUGCGGUGAUCGGCGCCGUCGGCUCAGGGAAAUCAUCUCUGAUUCAGGCACUGCUGGGCGAACUGAAAUCGAGCUCAGGGAAAAGCGCCAUGGAGGCACGUGCCGUCUCAUACUCGUCGCAGGAGCCUUGGAUUUUCUCUGGCAGCAUCCGCGAAAAUAUUUUGUUUGGUCGUGCGUUUGACAAUCACCGAUAUAACCAGGUGCUAAAGGCGUGUGGCUUGCUUCCCGAUUUAAAAAGAAUGAGCAGUGGCGACGCGACUCUGGUUGGCGAACGCGGUGGAGCCCUGAGCGGAGGUCAAAAGGCACGCGUGACCUUGGCUAGGGCCGCAUAUGCGACUCAAGUUGACGCUUACCUGCUAGAUGAGCCGCUCGCUGCCCUUGAUGCAAGCGUUGCCAAACACGUUUUCGAAAAUUGCAUUGUUGGCCUGCUCGGAAACAGCACGCGCAUUCUAGUCACCAACCAGGUGCACCUCCUGAGGAAGGCUGAUCUAAUUGUCGUGAUGGACAAAGGCGCUGUCGUUGCUCAGGGGAAAUUCGAUAAUGAGACCAUGAACGACCUGAUAAAAGGGUUUCAGCCAGUUUUAAUUGAAGAAUCUGAAAACCUGGUUGAAACCAAAGAUGAAAAAGUAUUUAAUGCGCAUGAGGAUACAGUUGCGAAGGUUGCAACAGAAACCAUCAGACGCGCUAAAGUUCCGCUGUCCCAAUACAUCGCGUACUGGACGGAGAGCAAAUCAUACAUGUCAUUAUUAUUAUUAGUAUUGCUGUUUUUUAUGACUCAGUGUAUUGUAAGUUGCUCAGAUUUUUGGGUAACUGUUUGCAUUUCAAAAGACUACAACGCAACUGUUCAAGCGAAUGUCACGUCACACUCAUUCUCUGAAAUUAUUUAUUCUUUUGCAUUUUUCAAUUGCUUGAACGUGUAUUCCACGCUGAUUUUGUUACUAUUUUUAAUAGCGUUGGGAAGGUCACUUUUGUACUUUAAAAUUGCCAAACUAACAUCAAAGAACGUUCAUGAUUCUAUGCUAUCAUCUACCAUAAAUGCCGAGUACGAAUUCUUCUUAAAAACUCCAAGUGGGACCAUAAUGAACAGAUUUUCCAGCGAUUUGCUCGCGGUUGACGUUCCUCUGCCGAGGAUAAUGCUGGACACCAUUCAGUACCUGACCCUGAUAGCCGGAUCUCUUUUCAUUAUUUUUGCGAUCAGCCCUUUGCUGGUUCUUCCAGUGGCCGUGUUUUUGUUCGUCAUUCUCAACGCCAAGGAGUAUUAUUUGAAGACGAGCCGUGUUCUGAAGCGAGUGGAUGCGGCGCUGCGUAGCCCGAUUUACACGCAUUUGAGUGACACCAUUGACGGCAUCGUUCCGAUUCGAGCCUUCAGAAACGAACGUCGAAUGGAGAGAGAAUUAUUUCGCCUGCUUGAUAGAAAUUUUUCAGCAUCGUUCUUGUUGUUUGGCACAAGUACAGCUUUUGGAUUUUUCUUGGACGUAAUCGGCGUAACCUGUGUUGCCAUCCUCAUAGUAUAUCUUGUGAUAUACUCUCGACUCUACUCUAGCGAAAUCGCUGGACUGGCGCUGACUCAAGCCAUUUCCAUUACAGCCCUGCUGCAAUGGAGCGUACGACAGUCAGCCGAGACUGAAAAUCUAAUGACCAAUUUCGAGAGGGCAAAGGAAUACACAAAAUUGAAACAAGAAUCAAUCGAAACUCCACAGUUAGCAGUUUCAAAGAAGUGGCCUGUCUAUGGGAGAAUACGCUUUGAUGGCGUUUCAGUAAAACCAGAGGGAAAAUUAAGCACGUUGAGAAAUGUGAAUAUUGAAAUUUCCCCCCAGGAAAAGAUUGGAAUAAUUGGCCGCACAGGAGCAGGAAAAUCGAGUUUGGUUAAAGCUUUGUUCAGGCUUGUGAAAUAUGAAGGAAAAAUCACGAUUGAUGGCAUAAAUAUAGCCAGUGUCUGCACACAAAAAUUGAGGAAGAAUAUUUCGAUGAUUCCACAAGAUCCUAUAAUUUUCACUGGGAGUGUGCGGAAAAAUUUGGAUCCGGGUUUCCUGUUCUCAGACAAGAAAUUGUUCAAUGUCAUCCACGCGGUUGGAUUAAGUGAUAUUGUGGAAGGACCAGACUAUGUAAGUGAAGGGGUAGAUUUAAAUCUCAGCGUUGGCCAGAAGCAGCUCCUUUGUUUGGCGCGAGCCCUUUUGAGAAACAACAAGAUCAUUGUGCUCGACGAAGCCACUGCGAAUAUCGAUAUAAAGACUGACUCAUUGAUUCAAACGCUUUUGAACGAGCGGUUUGCCAAUCGCACAGUAUUGACCAUUGCUCAUCGGCCACAAAGUGUAAGAGAUUGCGGGCGAGUGAUAGUUCUCGACAAAGGAGAGAUAGUACAAGAACAGUAGCAAAAACAUACAUGUUAUGGAACCACCUCCUCUCUUCAGCAGCUCACUUGGUGAACCGUAUUCAUUGAAUUUUUAAUAAACUUAAAUCGGUUGCUAUGUUUGUUUCAAGGAAUCGUUUGUUUAAUGUACUGCUUCUUCAUUCUCCAUUAAAUUUAUUAAAAAGCGCUCACUGAGGGAA